AGGUUAGGGCAAUGGAUCAGCAAAAGAGAUUUUCAGGAUGGAUGAUAAGCUGAAGCGCUGUGCCUUUUUGGAGUCAUGUUUUACUUUCGUGUUCCUUGCCUUUACGCUGUGGCAGACAAAAGGGUUCUUAAGGUCAGUAGGAAGAGUUUAAUGAAGAGGAUAUUAUGAGUAAGAUGCUUCCUGGACUUGGGUUUCGGGCGUCUGACAGUUAGAGCUGAACUCUGUAGACUUUCUGGAGCCAGACGUGGAAGGGGGCUGAAGCUGGUUCAGAAGUUCCUGUUGCUGUGGGAGGUAUAAACACACAUGGCUCCUGGUGCCUCAAAUGAGAAGAAAACUGAUGAUGAACAGGCUUCAAAAGAGAAUUUUAUCCAUCUGUGCAACCCUCACCUGGAGAAAAUGAAAGAAGACAUCCUGUACCAUUUUGCUCUUGGGACUGGUACCCAUGAUUUUCCGGCACUGUUUGGAGAUGUAAAGUUUGUGUGUGUUGGAGGAAGCCCUUCACGGAUGAAAGCUUUUAUUGCCUACAUAGCGGAGGAGCUGGGGCUUGGAAGCACCGGUUGUGACUACCCCAACAUCUGCGCGGGCACUGACCGCUACGCCAUGUACAAAGUGGGACCUGUUCUGUCUGUCAGUCAUGGUAUGGGCAUUCCUUCUAUUUCAAUCAUGUUGCAUGAGCUGAUCAAAUUGUUGUAUCAUGCCAAGUGUUCCAACAUAACCAUCAUUCGCAUUGGCACCUCUGGUGGAAUAGGUCUGGAGCCAGGCUCAGUGGUUAUAACUAGGCAGUCUGUAGAUGCCACCUUCAAACCUCAGUUGGAACAGGUUGUUCUGGGAAAGACAGUAAUUCGCAGUACUAACUUAGAUGAACAGCUGGCUAAGGAGCUGAUGCAGUGCAGUAAAGAAAUCGGUCAGUUCAACACAGUCAUUGGGAACACCAUGUGCACUUUGGAUUUCUAUGAAGGACAGGGCAGGUUGGAUGGUGCAAUCUGCUUAUAUGAUGAAGAAGAAAAACUCCAAUAUUUGAAGAAAGCUUAUGAUUCUGGUGUCAGAAACAUUGAGAUGGAGUCUUCCGUAUUUGCUGCGAUGUGUAAUCUCAGCGGUGUCAAAGCUGCUGUAGUGUGUGUCACUCUUCUGAAUCGGCUCGAAGGAGAUCAAAUCAGCAGCUCACAUGAUGUCCUUGUGGAGUAUCAGCAGAGGCCGCAGAAGUUAGUGGGAUAUUUCAUUAAGAAAUGUCUUGGGAAAGCAUGAAAUAUCCAUCUUUGUUUUCAAGAAGGAGAAGGCUUUUGUACAGAUGAACUCACGGUUACAACUUCUGUGCAUUACAAGUCUUUUGCCUCAGGAUGACUUACAGCAUUCCGUGUGUCUGUGGAAGUUAAUCAUUUAUGUCACUGUUCUUUGGGAACUGAAUGUGCUGAAUGGACUUCAGUUAAGUUUUGCUUAGUUAUGUGUUGCUGGAUAUAAAACUCACUUUUCCAUGAAUUGAAAAGUGGAUCUGUUGUGAAGGACAAGCCUGCUAUAAUAUAUAAAAAAGCUUUAUUUAUCCCUGCUGUAAAAGAAAAAACUAGGAAAGAAAUCAAACUUUAGUGCCAAAUACUUGCAGAUCACCAAAUUAACUUAAAAAUAUUAAUCCCUUCCUCAUUGUUAUAAAAAUUAUGUAAGUUAUAAUUGUCUUUGUUGCUUCACUUGUAAAGAAAACUUAAAGUGAAUGCAGUUUAUUUUUUUUGCAAACUCUGACAAAUAAACAAUACUAUUUUCCUAUAUUAAAAUUAAAUGAAAUUGCAAAGUGUUGGGACUGAAUUUUCUAAGCCUGAAGGACUUGACACCGAGCUGUUGAAUAUCUGUACUUCUUAGAUGUUCUUCCAACCAUACUUUAACUAUACAAUUAAAUCAAUAUCCAGGAAACAUUUAUGCAUUGAAGAACUUGCAGUCUUUUGCUGAAGCAAGGCUCCUUCUGCUUAUGAAGAGGAAUCAACAUUCAGAUGUACAGCAUGUUCACAGGCCUGUAUUAUGGUAGCUUUUUUUUUUUCCUUUUUAAUUGGUUUUCAUCUCCAUGUUUUCAGGACAAAACAUUCACUGUUGCAAUGAUUUCUAGUUCUUCUGAAGAACUGGAGAAUAUCUAUUGACUGCACAUACCAUCAAAACCCCUUCUGCAGUUGCAGUUUUUUCCAUUAUUAUUGGCCUAAGCGUUUGGAAUUUUUUUUAGAAAUCAUACUCAUUGCUACUUUGCUGCUCUGAUUAGAAUAUAAAUAUGUGGUCAGCUAAAGAAAAUGCAUUGGAGUUUUUUAUUUUCUUCUUUCUACUGGCGUGCGGUGUUCAGUCCUAGAAGAGGUCACAGGUCAAAAGGGUCUGAAUAAGCUCUCAGAACAACUGUUGCUGAUCCAGCAAAAUGAGAUUUGCUUUUUGAGGAUUGUAGUCUGCACACUAUUAACAAGCACAAGAGUUAGAACUAUGAGGGUGUGAUGUUAGUAGUCGGCACGUUCAGCAAGUGACAGAGACUGGAAGCAAUGUGAUGGAAACAUUCAAAAAGGAAGGGUAACUCUCAUGAACAGAAAACUUCCAGUGAGAAUCAACCUCCUUAAAUUUGAUGAA